UUAAACGUCACAUUUCAAACUAUCACCCCAUUCAAAAAGCUAUAACUUAUUCAUCAGAGAAACACAAAAUAACCAGUACUAUGUCUAACUUGCUCUAUCCCGCGUUGAAAGACUUCGAACAUACGAUCCCCAUAGAACGAUUAAAUGUCCUAAGAAAUCAAGUGGAAUCAGAAAACCCCGAUCCAUCGGCUGGAUCACUUUUCAAUUAUGCUUGGGGAUUAAUAAAGACCAAAGGUCACAAAUACAACCAAGAAGGAGUAGAAAUUUUGAAGGAGCUAUACAGAAAGGAGCCUGACAUCAGAAAAGACUGUUUAUACUAUUUAUCUAUGGGGUCAUUAAAGCUCGGGGAUUACACGAGCGCACGGCAAUACAUCGAGGAGUUGUUAAAGAUUGAGCCUGACAACAGCCAGGGCCAAGCCAUGAAAAACGUAAUUGAAGACAAGAUCACCAAAGAAGGUCUAAUUGGUCUUGGAAUAGCAGGAGGAAUACUUGCUGUUGGUGUGGGGAUAAUAGGUGCCCUCAUAAGAAGAAAGCGUUGAAGGGCGUUAGGGAUAUUUAUUACAUGUUGUUUAAUUGUGAAUGGUUUCAGAUUUUCCCAGGUGUUCUUACUGCUGGAUCACAUUUGAAGGCUCCAGUAAGCGAUCUAGGGGUUUUUAUGUACAAUGGUUAGAAAGCGAUGCUAUAUAAUGAAUGCGAAAAACUGUUUUUGUAAAAUAUCAUGGGUGAGUUGCACGAUGAUUCUUCACAAUUGGCACAAAAAAUAGCUGAUACCGUAGUACAAACAUUUAAUGGGUUGAACAUAAAGUCCGGGAAACCCAUAACUCGAUCAAAUGGGGUCCAAGAAUGGACAGUGAUGGCUGGGAUAGUUCUAAUUCAAGGUGAUACAAAUAUACCGAUUUCGAUUUGCACUGGAGUGAAAGCCCUUCCAGACCAAGUACGAAGCUAUUCUGAGGGUAGAAUAGUGCACGAUCUACAUGCGGAGAUCCUCUGCUUUCGAGCUUUUAACCGGUUUUUGAUCGACGAGUGCCAGAAUCGUGAGUCUACGUUAGUAGAGAAGAACCCAGACACAGAGAAAUAUGUCUUAAAGCCUCAUAUAAAAGUGGCUCUUUUUGUGACUGAACCUCCGUGUGGAGACGCAUCUAUGGGGUAUUUGAGUGCCAAAACAUCGAAUAACACGCCGUGGGAGAUCCCACAGGAGGAUGGAGCAGGAUAUAAGAGACGUAAAACUAAAACUGAGAUGGUAAGAGGACGAAACCAUUUUGAUCAGUUGGGAAUUGUACGAACAAAGCCUGGCAGGCUGGACUCAGUGAAAACACUUAGCAAAUCCUGCUCUGACAAAAUCUGCCUCAAACAGUUGGUGGGGCUAAACAAUAGUAUUACCAGCCAAUUUUAUGAGCCAGUUUAUCUUGAUUUUUUGGUACUUCACAAAACAAAGUACCAUGAACCAGAUAUCAGAAGAUGCUUUGACGAGAGGUUUCCCAUAACCAUCGGGAAGAAGCUCAAGACAAUUGUGUACGUAAAGAACGCUUACCCAUAUGAAAAGCAUGAAGGUGCUGUUCCAUCACCGCUUUCGUUAGUGCACAUGGCCUGGCGAAACGAGACUCAAGUCAUUAACAAUGGAGUUAAAAAUGGUAGCUUCAUCAAGAACCGGCCUCCAAAUCCCGGAGGCGAAAGCUCACUUUGCAAUAAGGCAUUGGUAAAACACAGCAUGUUGGUAUAUGAGCCAAAACAAAAGACAUACCAAGAGCUAAAAGAAGCUCAAACAGAUAGGAACAUCUUGAAGAAAGAUGCAAAACAGCUUUUGGAAAACUGGGUCGACACCACCAAAGAUAACUUUCUAUUGGGAUAAAUGGUUAUAGAUAUGUAUAUAUAAAUAUAUGUGUUAUGGGGGUUCUAAUUAUUCAGACUCAGAGUCAGAAGGCCCAUCGCUUUCUUCCCCAUCAUCACCUUCUUGAGUCUCUUGGAGGCCCUGACCUUCCAUAGAAAUUGCAUACUCGGCUCCUUCUAAUAACUCCGUCAAAUUGGCAUUGUCUUUGACGUAGUUAAUAGGUUUUAACUUGUAGCUAUCAAGUAUUCUAGGAUCGGAUCCGGCAUCAAGUAAAUUAUCCACCACGUAAUACCCAUGAUCAGGUUCAUCAUUGGCGUACUUCACGGCCAAAUGCAACGGAGUUUCACCAGCCCUGUUCUUGGGGUCAAUUUCAACCCCCUCAAUGUCCAAAACUAUAUCGAUGAACUCCCAGUUUCCGAGAUGACAUGCCAAAUGCAAAGGAGUGUUGUUGGUUAUAAUUUCCUUGGUGGAGUUGAUCAAUUGAGACAACUUCAUCUGGUCGUUGUUCAAGUCAGAUUUGAUCUGUAAUAAGAGCUCUGUGUUGUUUCUUCUGGAUGCCUCUAAUAUUUGCUCGCUGUGCGAGGCACCACUAGUUUCCGUGGGGUCUGACAUUAUCUGUGGGAGGAUGUUGAGGCUGAUUCCAAUUCUCCUUUUUCGC